AUGGGUGUGCAUCCGGUGCUGGUCGCGCUCCCGAAGGAAGCGACGGCCCCAGUACAGCAGCGCGUGCACGAUGAGUACGCUCGCGUACACCACGAGCACGCGCACCACGGCGCCUGUAGUGUCCGGUGGUGGAUCGCAGCGCCGCCUCAUGCCCGGCGGCGUGCCUUGAAUAUUACCUGUGGCACGGCACUUUCAUGGCGAACGGAUGAUACCAGCUGUCAGAUGUACGGUGACGUCCAUGGCUCGCUGUCAUUUUGUAACUUUUUUUAUUAG